AUGGCCUCCGCCAAGCACGACCACAUCUUCACGCUGUCCUGCCCGGACAAGUCCGGCAUCGUGCACGCCGUGACCGGGGUGUUCGCGGCGCAGAAGCUCAACAUCCUGGACCUCCAGCAGUUCUCCGACCCCGUCUCGGAGAAGUUCUUCAUGCGCGUGCACUUUGGCCCGACCGAGACGGAGUCGACGGAGCACCUUACGGCCCCGUUCGACGCCCUCGCCGCCGAGCUCCAGCUGGACUGGUACCGCAUCCGCCCCGUCGCCCGCAAGCUGCGCACCCUCAUCAUGGUCUCCAAGAUCGGCCACUGCCUCAACGACCUGCUCUUCCGCGCAAAGUCCGGCCAGCUGCCCAUCGACGUGCCCCUCAUCGUCUCCAACCACCCGGACUACCAGACCCUCGCCGGCAACUACGGCAUCGACUUCCACCACCUGCCCGUCACCAAGGACACCAAGGCCGCGCAGGAGGAGGCCAUCCUCAAGCUCGUCAACGACAACGACAUCGAGCUGAUUGUCCUCGCGCGCUACAUGCAGGUCCUCUCGCCCAAGCUGUGCGAGGCCAUGUCCGGCAAGAUCAUCAACAUCCACCACUCCUUCCUGCCGUCCUUCAAGGGCGCGAAGCCCUACCACCAGGCCUACGACCGCGGCGUCAAGAUCAUCGGCGCCACGGCCCACUUCGUCACCGCCGACCUGGACGAGGGCCCCAUCAUCGAGCAGCGCAUCGCCAGGGUCGACCACGGCAUGAGCCCGAAGGACCUCGUCGAGGAGGGCUCCAACAUUGAGAGCCAGGUUUUGGCGGCCGCUGUCAAGUGGACUGCCGAGGGCCGCGUGUUCCUCAACAAGACCAAGACUGUUGUUUUCAACUAA